AUGUCCGGUGAUUCAGCCUUCGAGUGCUCGCCAACAAUUGGUAGCAAGAGGCGGCGCGCAGCCAUUGGUGAUGGCGAUGCGCCGGCCACGAAGAAGUCCUUUACGGAUGCGGAGAUUGCUGCCGAAGUCGCACACUCCCUGCAUAUCAGGGAGCAGAGGCGGGCGGAGGUUCGCGCUAUUUAUCUCAAUUAUGGGACGCUGCUGAAGGGCAGUGAGAGCGGUAGUGAGGCUCUGGCCUUCCAGGGUCUGCUGGACUGUGCAAAUGGAAGUCUCGGCGCACGGCGACUCGCGGCCCGCCUGGUCCCCAGGUUCCUCCCGCGUUUUCCAUCCCACGUGGAGCAGGCUUUCCGUUUGCUCUCUGCACUUUACGGCCACGGCCAACCGUUCCCCGAGUCCCGAGGCCUUCCCAACGGUGCUGCCAGCGCGCCGGACCUGCCUGAUGACUGCGUGAUGCUGGAAGAAGCCAUACGCCGCGACGCCUUGCGGGGACUGGGCAACGUCUUGGAGGCAGCGGUGCGGAAGGCGGAGCGCAACGUGCCAGUCGUCAUGGAGCUCGUACUCUUCCUCAUGAGUACCAGCGGUGGGGGCUGUGCUUCAGAUGGCCUGCCCCUUGCCAAGACGACAAGUAGCGCUCAGCCGUCAGCACAGCCGUCAACACAGCCGUCAACACAGCCGGCACAGCCGCAGCCGAUGCAGCCACAGCCGGUGCCAGCGCCGCCACAGGGCCAUCACGAGGCCUCCGCAGCAUCGCAAGGCCACGGUCUGAAGCACCGUUACCGCCGCAACGCAGAGGCUGCAGCGAAUGCGGAAGCCAACGGUCGGUCUGCGCAACCAUCACCACAGCCACCGCCAGCGCCGCCGCAGGCAUUGCCGCAGCACAGCGCGCGGAACGACGCGGGUACAGAUGGGUGUGGCAAGAUUAGUAGUGGUGCGGACGGCACGGGGGGGACUGCCGUCAAGAUCAGUGGCGGGGACGAGGCGGAUGAGCGGAGCGGCAACGGCCCGUCUGCGGCAGCUGGCACCAGGAUUGAUCUUGCCGCGAGCCCAGAACCAGACUCGGAUGCAGGCGUGAUACGGAGCCUUCUAUUCAAUGCCUUUUGUCUGUUUCCCCGCGUGGUUCUGGCGGCGUGCUUCCAGCCUUUCCGUCUGCCGCCAAAGCAGCGGGGGCCGGAUGACUGUCAGGCAUGUGAGCUCAUGCUCAAGCUGCUGCUGCUGCGCACGGGUACCACGGUGUUGUCGGCGGUGGAGCCGCCGGUGAUGGUGCCGCCAACGGCCGCGAGAAACGUGCUGGCAGAUAGCGGCGGCAUGGAUGGCAACGGCGGUGGCGGCGUUGGACUAGCGAGCCGUGGGGGCCGUGAUGGGAACGUGGACGGCAGUUCGGUUGGUGAUGGCAGCGGCGGUGGAUCGGGGCCCGAGCCCGGCGCCGUCGGCGGCCAGGCUGAUGACGGGGGUUGCCUCGCCGCUCAAGUCCUUGCCCACGUGCCUGAGACGCAGGCGUGGCUAAGGCUGCUCGCAGCUGCUAUGGCGCAAGGCAAGACUCAACAUAUGCUUCCCGCCUCUGUACAAGCUCAGCUUGAACGGCUGCUGCUAUACUGUACAGCGACGGCAGCACCGGCCGCCGCUGCGCCUGCCGCAGCCGGUAAGGUCUCACCCAGGGCAUCUCCGCAAGGGGCGACGGCAGCGGCGGCACCCCGCGACGGCUCCGGUAACGUGACGCCUGCCCGUCAAGGUGGUGCUUGUAAGCCUGACGGCGGAGCCGCCAACACAACGACGGUGGCAGCGCAGUCCAUGGUUGGCAGUGACGACAACAGCAGAUCUGUGCCAAUGGACCUUGACCACUCCAUAAGCACUGCCGUGCGCCCAGAGGGCAGCGGCGCCGCGACAGCGGUGAAUGCGGCUGUGGGUGCAGGUGCCGCCAGCGGCACGGUGGCGCUGGCGGGGCCGCCGGACACCGCCGCAACGCCCGCGCCGCCGCCACCGCCUCUCCCCCAACAUUCCUACCACCAGCACCAACAUCAACACCCCCAACAUGAAGCAUCCUCAGCCGCGGGAUUGGCAGGGCCGGCGGCGCCUGGGACAGGGGCAGUGGCGGCAUCUGCUCUGCCGCCACCCCUGCCCCCACCGCCGCCACCCCCACCGCCCCUGCCACUCCUAUCUUAUAGAGGUAGCGACUCCUCAGGUCUUCGUGGCGGUCCGGUGUGUCGCGCGGAGGCGUGCUUGUACAUUGGCGGGUUACCGCCGGGCCUUACGGAGGCUGCACUGGUUUCGGAUCUGAGUCGCUUGGGCAGCGUGGAGUCAGUUCACCCCUUUGACCAGCAGCAAGUCUUACAGCAGCAUCCAGCCCAUGGCGGCGGUUUGGGCGGCCCACAGGUGCCGUUGGGCGAGGAGGUCUACGUGGUGUUCGUGUCGCUGCGUGACGCGGCGAUUUGCUACGAGGCCGUCACUCGCACGUGCCGCUUCGGGGGCACUCGGCCACUGGUGGUGGAAUUCUGCUCUGCCUUUCCGGCGGACAGCCCAGCGGCGCGACGGUGCGUCGCCGCCGCUGCCGCGGCGGCAGCAGCAGCUGGCGGCGGCGGCGGCAGCACCGGCGGCGGCCCAAGCUCCACCGCGAGCGAGUUUGUGUGGGUGUCGCUGUCGGCCGGCACGGGUGUGACGCCGGAGGCAGUGGUGGCGGCGUUGCAGGCGGCGGCGCUUCCGGUGCCGCAGCAGAUAUUGCAGGUCGCUGGCCGGGCGCCGGGCAUGCUGCUGCACAUGGCCAGCGCAGCCAUCGUGCCGCAGGUCGCCGCGUGCCUGCAGGCCCACUUCACGCCGCCGCCGCUACCGCUGCCGCCAGCUGCUACCUCCGCUUUGUCUGCGGCAGCACCGUCCGCUGCCGGCGUGAGCACGUCAGGGUUGCCCCCGCCGCCUCCCAUGCUGGCGGGGACAGGAGGCGCGCCGCUGGGCCUGUCGUCAUCGGCGCAAUCGGGGCCGGGUGGGCACUACGGUACAGCAUUGCAUAUGCAUCAUCCUGGCGGCGGCGGGGGCGGCAGCGCCGCAGGUCCCAUGCCUGAGCUGUCUCCUAUAAACUGUAGAACGAUUUGGAUUGGACAGCUUCACGAGAGUGUUCGUGACGAGGAGCUGCUCUCGAUGUGUCGCCAGCACGGCGGUGACGUGGUGGGGCACCGCAUCCUGCGUGGCAGCCACUGCGCCUUCGUGGAUUUUGCAUCGCAAGCGGGCGCGGAGGCGGCCAAACGCGCGCUGCACGGCGCGCGGCUGGGCCCUCAGCACAUCCGCGUGGAAUGGAAGCUGGAUUCCGGCCCGCCGCCGCGGGCUCCGCCAACUCAGAGGCACGCAAACGUGCCGCUGCCUGGCGCCGUCGUCAGCGGCCCCGUCGGGGGCGGCCUGUACGGCUUGGGGCCGUCCGGUCCAGGGCUGGCGGCGGCGGCGGCAGCGGGGCCGCAGGGCAUGGGGGCCCUACUAGGGGUUGCGGCGCACGGCAACGUCACGGCGGCUACUGGCCACGGCAUGGCUCAACAGCCUACGGCGGUGGUAUCGGCAGGAAUAGGCUUGAUGGGCCAGGCUAUGACGCCUCAGGCUGUAGCAGCGGCGAACCUUGCGGCGGCAGCGGCGGCAGCCGCCGCGCGCGGUGCCUUUCCUGGCAGCCGCAGCGGUGCGGACCGUUGGGCGCCUGUGGUGAUUCCCCCUCCGGCACCGACCGGGUCCACACCUGCAACGACCGGGAUGGGGUUGGGUCAGGGCGCAGGAGGCCUGACAAGCGGUGGCGCUGGUUUCCUGAACAGUGGUCAGGCGGCCAUGCAGGGAGCAGCGCAGCAGCAGACGGCGUCGACGCCGCAGCAGUCGGCGCAUCUGCAGGUGGGGCCGCUUGGGACGGGCGUCAUGAACCCAGCGGUUGCAGCGGUGGCGCGGCAGGCGGCGCCAAUACUCCUGGCGCAUCAACAGCUGGUUGCGGGCCUUCUCAGCGGCGGCGGCGGCGGCGGUGGCAGUGGCGGCGUGAUGCACACACCGCACAACAGCCUAGCGACACCGCAGCAAGGGCCGACCGGGUUCGCGGCGCAGCCUCAGCCGCAGCACUUGCACCCGCACUCGCACCCGCACACUUCCGGCAGCAGCGGUGGCGGUGCCCUGCCGCACCAAACCCUGUCCUCCUCUCAGGCCCAUGCCCAGACGUCCCCGCUACUGGGCCACCUCCACAACGCGAGGGCGUACCCGGGGCCGCCCCCUUUACAUCCUCAGCAGCAUACUUCGCAGCAGCAGGGGUCUAUGGGGUUACCCGGGCACUCAUCCACACCCCUGCCGCUGCAUCAGCCGCACGCACUGGGCAUGGGCGGCCCGAGCCCGCAACAACCCCAGCAGCAACCGCAUGCUCUCAGCCACCACCAGACGCCACCGCAGCAACCGCAACAACUACGUCCCGGCGACUGGCCGCCGGCCCUUUCCCACGGACACAGCCAUGGGAUGGCGGGGGCCCAUCUUGGGGCGUCGCCGGGCUUGCAGAGACCCGGCGGCAGCCACGCACAGGUACCGCGAUUCGAGCCGGGGUCAGGGACGGGGCCGCCGCUGCCUAAUUCACCACCGUUGCCGCAUGACAGUACAGUGGCGGCGGCGGCGGCCGGGGUAAGCGGCGGCUGUGCUGGACCGCCACAUGGUCAACCUCAGCAACAGUUGCAGCAACAAGCAGGUUCCAAGCUUGGGGUGUCGCAGUCCCAGCAGCAUCUAAACCCGCAUGUCCACACGCUUUCGCAAAACCAGCAACAGCUACAACAACAACAGCAGCAGCAGCAGCAGCCUCCGUUGCAGCAACCGCAACAACAGCAACCGCAUCCGCAUCCGCAACAGCAGCAGCAGCUUUCCUCUGGCGGCUCGCAGGGGGGGGUGACAUGGCAGGGCGCCCUGGCCAAAAGCGGGAUGCAUAUGUGCACACUGCUAUGUACAACAGGAGGCGCAAGCGCUGCAAGCGGUGCUACCCCGGGCGAGCGUGAGCCGGUCACAUGGCCUGCCACGCUGGACGUCAAGCUGCGCGUCGACUUGUCGUACGUUGUACAUUCGUUGUACAGCCACACCGCGCCGCACGCCCGGGCCCUGCGCCGGCUCGUCACUUCGGGCGGACCCGAGCAACGGAACAAGCUCAACGAUUUCCUGUCCUACCUUGCAGACAAAAACCGUGCCGGCGUAAUCAAGCUGGAGGCAGCUGCCGGUCUCCCGCCUAGGACCCUGUACUUGGUGCCUCCCAGCGAGCAGGUAUGUGCAGCACUGGGCGCCGAGUGGAGCACAGGGGAGCCGUUCUUGCUGGCGUUGGUGGUGCCGACCGCUGGCGGGACUGCGGGCGGAAACAAAGGGGGUUAGGAGCAGCUGGAUGAGGGGAAGGGAGGUCAGGACACGGGAGGGAGGAGAGUCCGGGGGCGACCUGGAGGAGGGAAGCGAGAGUGUGGUUUGAUGAGUGCAGGGUUUCUUAGGGGUAGGGGGCAGCAGCCGGGCGGUCACACGUGGGAGAUAAGUAUAUAUUGCCAAGGAUGAGUGGCUAUUACUUCUGGGAGCAGUGUCAUUGGCGUGCGCCGUGUGUCGUUUGUGUUUGUGCGUGUGUUAGUGUUAUUGUGUGUGUGUAUGUGCGUGUGUUGCAGCAACCUCGGCGGCUGGGUUUGCUGCUGUAAUCCUGGGGCAAAAGCGUGUUGGCGCGUGAUGGUGUUAAUGCAUAUGCGUGGGUCUCUGACGAGGGCUUUCUUUGCGGGGUCCUGUGACAUCGGCUAGCAAAAGUAGAGCGCGGCAGGUGGCAUCAUGACGCAGGAUGGUUUGGUGGCUAUUGGGAGGAAAACAAUGCAUGUAUUCUCGCUUCGGUUGGUGUUUGUCAUACAUGCUUAAUGUUUACAUCUCAGCAUCCUGGCUUGGGAAAUGAACAGGCCGAGUUCUGGUGGGGACGCGGGAAUUUCAACAUAUGUCCUGGGUUGCGUAAGGGCAGUGAAAAAAGGGUUAAUUCGUUGGAUUGACCGGACGGCAAACUCGGAGGUACGGGAAAGCGCGAGGGGAUUCCCGGUGGAGAUGGGGAGGUGGUCGAGAGUAUGGUUGGACAUGGUAAGUGUUUGCAUGGCUCUUUCGCAACAGCAGCGGCAGCGGUUUGGCAGCGGCAGCAGCAGCAUAAACGUUUCUGUGCUCAAGUCGCUUGUGGUGUUCGGAGCGACUGUUAAGGAGUCAUCAGUCGGGCCCAUCUGCGGAGCCUGGCUGUCACCUGCCGGACGCUGGCGGCUGGCUGCGGUUGAGGGUGAGGGAAACAACCGCAGAUCCGGUCCUGGACGCGAAAGCCUGGGAAGAAAGGGCAGGGCGUGGGGACAGGGGCUGCCUUGUUUGUGCAGUGGUUCCGGGCGGGCGUGAAACGGCUGCGAGUUGCAGGCCAGCGGCAGGCGUAGCGGCGGGAAGGAAGCGCUUCUGUCUCAGCACCACCGCGCUUGCUGGAGCUGCGAGCAGCCAGCUGAUGGAACGGUGCGCGGUGUAGGAAAGUGGUCCCACGGGCCGGUGCUGGAGCUGCGGGCUCGCUCCAUUUUCGAAUCAGAGGACGCUGUUGCGGCGUAGACGAAUGCUGGGGACGGGGUUGUGGUGGAGGCUGUAAUGGUAAGGUAGAGGGGGUGGCGUGGUACUGAUAACAUGUGCUAGAGUUUGGGGGCACGUCCCUGGGCAGUGCCUUGCACUCAAGUGGCGCCAUCCGCAUUGCCAACCGUCCACGGGGCCCCCGGCAGUUCUGCAGAGCUUUUAACUUGUAACUGGCGUAUC